AUGCCUUUGGUCAAAGCUGCCCCAGAAGUCAACGAAGACAGCCGGAUUUUGGGCUAUGACCCAUUGCUGUCGCCUCAAUUCCUUCAGAGUGAAGUUCGCGCUCCAACUCAAGCCCUCGAGACUGUUCGCUCGGGUCGUGACCAAGCUAUUGAGGUCAUCGAACAGCGUGAUGACCGUCUCCUUGUUGUCGUCGGUCCAUGCUCCAUCCACGAUCCGGACACCGCUCUUGAAUAUGCGCGGAGGUUGAAGGCGCUCGCGGCAAAACUCCAACAAGACUUGUGCAUCAUCAUGCGUGCCUACCUGGAAAAGCCUCGAACCACGGUCGGUUGGAAAGGUCUCAUCAACGACCCGGACAUCGACUCGUCGUUCAACAUCAAUAAAGGUCUCCGUGUGUCGCGCAAGCUCUAUGCGGACCUGAAUGGCAUGGGGAUCGCAAUCGACGCCAUCGGUGCAGCCGCACAUCCACAUCAUUUCCUUGGUGUAACCAAGCAGGGUUUGGCAGCCAUCACCAAAACAGCCGGUAACGAGCAUGGGUUCGUUAUUCUUCGCGGCGGUAAUAAGGGAACCAACUAUGAUCCAGAGAGUAUUGCUGCUGCGCGACAGGAGCUUCGAAAGAAAGGCCAGCGUGAGAUUGUGAUGGUUGACUGCUCUCACGGCAAUUCGAACAAGAACCACCUGAACCAACCCAAGGUAGCCAAGUGUGUCGCUGAUCAGCUCCGUAACGGCGAGGACGCCAUCAUCGGCGUCAUGAUCGAGUCGAACAUGUACGAAGGAAACCAAAAGGUGCCUCCCGAGGGCCCGAGCGGCUUGGCCAAGGGUGUCAGCAUCACGGAUGCCUGCAUCAAUUGGGAGAUGACUGUUGACGUCUUGGAGGAUUUGGCCGAAGCUGUUCGCACCCGCAGAAAGACCCGCGGUGCCAAAGCCAAUGGCAUCAACGGCAGUUCCUAA